AUGAAAUUACUUGUUUUUUGUUUAAUUAUUAUUGCCAAUGUGAGUAACAAUGGGAAAGCGUCAAUUGAGACUAUUGUGCCGGCAACCACAAAUGUUCUUCUGUCAGACACAACGAGAAACUCAGACAAAUCGUGCUACCGACCUUGCAAGUUCAACGUGAAACCGAGACGAUGUCAAUAUAAUUUCAAAAUAGAGCCAACAUUGGAAGCUGACGGGAAGGCGGCCUUGGUUAUUAACGCUAUUACUCCUGGACCACCAAUUCACGUUUGCGUGAACGAUAUAGUUAUUGUAAAGGUACAGAACAAAGUUCCAGGUCAAGAUAUAACUUUACAUUGGCACGGUGUAGAGCAAAAGGGAACUCCGUACAUGGAUGGUGUGCCAAUGGUGACGCAGUGUCCCAUAGCGUUUGGUUCAACUUACGAAUAUGCUUUCAUCGCAUCGUCUCCGGGAACAUUCUUCUAUCAUGCCAAUUCAGUUUCUCAUCAAAGCGACGGUGUUUAUGGUUCUUUAAUUGUGGAUCAACCCCAACCGUUGGAACCACAUUCGUCGCUGUAUGAUUUUGAUAAAAGCAAAGAUCAUACAAUAUUACUGGGUGCAAGAUUUUCGGAACUAUUGACUGGAAAUUUAAAUGGAAAACAUCUACGACCGGAUUCCAUCGUUGUUAAUGGCGAAAAAAAGAGUUCGAAGAUAUUUGUUAUUCCGGGAUAUGCAUACAGGCUGAGAUUUGUGAACGCCGUAGCAGUUGAAUGCCCCUUAGUCGUUGACAUAGAACAGCACGAUAUGGUCGUGAUUGCAAGUGACAGUAAACCUGUAAGACCGGUAUCAACUAAUAAGGUGCUAUUAUAUCCAGGGGAGCGUAUGGAUGUAGUUGUGAAUGCAGCACGCAAAAAUGGUGGAUACUGGGUUAACGUUUACGGUCUGGGCAUUUGUGAAGGCUUGAUCGCCCAUGGAAUGUUCCUGUACUCCGGGUUCAAUUACACAUCUUUGUUGCAUCAAGGCCCGACGCUGACCAGUGAACUUUUAAACAGUGAAACGAUCAUACAAGGCCAACAUCUGUUAUCUCUUCAGGACCAAACAUAUUAUAACAAAGACGUUAAAACAAUAUAUUUAGGAGUUGACAGAUAUGUUAUUCCAUUUGAAGAUAAUGAUAACGAUUACCGAUAUAUCAGCGAUGGCGUGCCUAAGAAAACCUUUUACCCCGCUGCAGUAUCAUUGCACGACAAUGGGGUGGUACAAAUAAAUAAUAAAAAUUUCCUCUAUCCGAAUGGGUUGUACUUACUCAAACCUCAAAAUGUGAAUCCAGAUUCGGCAUGUAAUGUUGGCGAGGAAGCAAAUCAUAAACAGCUCCAGUGUUUACAGGUUUUGAAAAUACUUGACAAACAAGUCGUGGAGCUGGCUUUAGUCAAUGAAGGUUUUGGCAGUAAUGAUUCAUAUACGUUUCAUAUACAUGGAUAUUCUGCACAAGUAGUCGCUACUGGACGAACUUCAAAUGGGAAACCUAUUUCUAAAAGAGAUUUCUCAUUACUUGAUAAAAAUGGGAAAAUAAAAAGAAACAUACAAAACCCACCACUGAAGGACACAAUCGUCGUUCCAAACAAAGGAUACACAAUUAUAAGGUUAAAACCUGAUCAUGGUGGAAGUUGGAUGCUCGAGUGUAGGUCUUGCAGUUUCUUCUCGUUACCUGCAGCUAUACUCAUUGACGUCCCUCAAUCGAUUCCAAAGGCAGUGAUUGAUGUUUUACCAAAAUGCGGGAGCUACAGGCCUGUGGAUGUGCUCUUGAACUGA